UGCCUGCCAGGCGUCUAAAGAAACCAACCUAUCUGCGCGGCCGGGCGUAGGCGAGGUUACCCGCCAUCCCCUUCUACUACUUGGAAAGGCCCAGUUGGGCCGGCGAGCGAGGCUGCGAGCGCGCUGCUCACUUUCCCAGACGUCCUGCUGAGGAAACUGGCUCCGCGCACCAACAUGGCGGGCGGGCUGUGCGGCCCGCUGCUGACGGCGCUCCUGGCCGCCUGCGUCACCGCGGCGGCGUCCGAGGCCGGUCCCAAGCAGGCCGUGAUGCCGGAGGAGCAGAGCUUGGUGCUGCCCAUGACCGCCUCCAACUGGACGCUGGUGAUGGAGGGAGAGUGGAUGCUGAAAUUUUAUGCCCCUUGGUGUCCAUCCUGCCAGCAGACUGAUUCAGAAUGGGAGACAUUUGCAAAGAAUGGUGAAAUACUUCAUAUCAGUGUGGGGAAGGUAGAUGUCAUUCAAGAACCAGGUUUGAGUGGCCGCUUCUUUGUUACCACUCUCCCAGCAUUUUUUCAUGCAAAGGAUGGGAUAUUCCGCCGUUACCGCGGCCCAGGAAUCUACGAAGACCUGCAGAAUUAUAUCUUAGAGAAGAAAUGGCAAUCAGUUGAGCCUCUGACUGGCUGGAAAUCCCCAGCGUCUCUAACGAUGUCUGGUAUGGCUGGUCUUUUCAGCAUUUCUGGCAAGAUAUGGCAUCUUCACAACUAUUUCACAGUGACCCUUGGAAUUCCUGCUUGGUGUUCUUAUGUCUUUUUUGUCAUAGCCACCUUGAUUUUUGGGCUUCUCAUGGGUCUGAUCUUGGUGGUAAUAUCAGAAUGUUUCUAUGUGCCACUUCCAAGGCAUUUAUCUGAACGUUCCGAGCAGAGUCAGAGGUCAGAGGAGUCUGUUCGGGCUGAACACUUGCAGGAUGCAGAGGAGGAAAAAGAUGAUUCAAAUGAAGAAGAAAUCAAGGACAGCCUUGUAGACGAUGAAGAAGAGAAAGAAGACUUUGGUGAUGAGGAUGAAGCAGAGGAAGAAGAGGAAGAGGACAGCCCGGCUGCUGGCGUGGAUGAGGAGCGGAGUGACCCCCAGGACCAGGGGUCCCUGAGGGAGACCCAGAAGGAAGUAGAACCUGAUGAGACUGAAGAAGACGCCCCUGAGCAGCCCCGGCGUUCAGCUGACACAGAGAUGGUAGAAGACACAUUGAGGCAGCGCAAAAGUCAGCAUGCCGACAAGGGACCAUAGGUUUAAGGACAGUAUUCGCAAGAAUAUAGACCAGAGGAAUAUGCUUCCCUCUGGUCUGCAGUUUAAACCAAAUCCUUAUUUUUGUCCUGAGUGAGCAAGUCUUCUAAAAAAUGAUCUCUAGUCAUGUAGUGUCAUGGAAUUAAGCCUAAUGUAUACUAAUGAGACUCUUUCAGGCAUGACAAUCAGAAUACACAAAAACAAACAUGGUGUUAGGAUCUGUUUGGGGACUUGGGAUAGGCACAGGUUCAUGUGCUGGGGGCUCGAGAGUUUUGAGCAGAGGAAGCAACCUCAGCCCUCAUGAGUACUGUUUGUUGACGGGGCUACAGGCAAAGCAAAACUGCUUGAGCAUCCUCAGGUGUAGCAGAAGCUUGCUUCCUCCUCUCGGGUUAAGUGUUUUUAUCAAAUUAAGAAACAUCAGGCACCAUUGUAUAGGGACACUUUUUUAGAGGUACAAAUUGAGAGGGCCCUGGAUAUUACUGUAGAAAAGAGCUUGGAAGUCAUCGUGACUCUAAAUCUCCUUUGUUUUAUUUCUUACCUUUAACAUUUCCAACUUUCCCACUGUGGGCCUCAGCCUCUCCAUGCUCUUCACAAUACUUUCUUAGCGAGCAGAUAGCAGCUGGGUUUACAUCAGCUAAGUUUAUUCGAUGUAAGGUUUAGAUAAUCGAGAACCACAGCCCAUGAAGCUGUGACAGCCAAACAUCUCAAAUGCAAUGUUGUCACCUUUGGUGAUUCAAAAGGAAGUAGGGAUUUUACAGGAGAGAGUUUUGUUGUUUUUUGCCAAAAUGUAAUAACUUUUUUUUUUUUCAAAAAGUUCCUUUAGCAAUAUUCCUCUUAAAUCCAGAAGUCCCCUAAGUCUUGCCAGUACAAGGUAGUCUUGUGAAGAAAACUUGAAUACUGUGUUGUUUCAUUUCUAUCUCAAGGGGUUCUCUGGUCUUGAACCAUUUUAAUAACUGAAAAACCAUUUCUGGUUUUCCUUUAGAGAUGUGCUUUUGGUGAAAGAAUUAAUGAAAGUGAAUAUCUGGAAAUGAAAGAUUUGGUUUCAUUUCCUUCUUCCUUAAUCUUGUAAAGAAUUUCAUCCUUGUAAAUCUCUCAAUACUCAAUCUACUAAAUGUACCCAGGGGGCCCAAUUUCUUUUUAAAAAUCCAUCCAUCUACUUCUGCCUUACCUGAUUUAUGUCGUAGAAUAAAUUCAUAAAAUUAGAUUCCAAGCUUAUGAAAGAUGACUAAGUUGAUUCUACAUCCCUUGGGUCCAGACAGAAUAAUAAGUAGUACAGCUUUAUGAAAUUCAGAAAGUUUCUUUUUAAAAAGAAAUAUGCAGUAUACUCCUAUCUGGCUGUUUAGAUAACCCUUUCCUUGUAUUAACUUUGAACACGGGAUCACUGGAGGACGGGGGAGGUUCUGAAACUUGCUAUCCUCCUGUGCUUGAAUGAGCCUGUUGCAAGCCUCGCACAAAGAGAGUUUUUAUUCUGCAAGAAUCCAAUUUUUAGAAGUGGCUAUUUUUCAUCUUUCCAACUCAGCUACCUGACAGUCGCAUCCCCCAGUACAGUGAGGGUCACUGAGAGUCACCAAUAGUUUUUAAACAACAUGGCCUCAAAUUUGAGACCAUCACAAAACUGAGGGGCUGGGAAAAUCUUGACAUUGACUCAUUUCCUUUCCCUCCCACAUAGGUCUCUGACAUCCUCACGCAGAGCACCAUCAUUCUGAUGUGGCAGCUCUGUCUCCCUGAUACCAGGAAGUUUUCUGGUUCAUUGCUGAGCUCCCCUGCUGUCACUGGAUUGCUUUCUCUUAAUCAGCUGAAGCAGGUUUUCAUUAAGUUCAAGUUCAGAGGUAUGGAAUAAGAAAUGUUUCAUAGUUUAGUUUUUUUGUAUAAUUCCUCCUCCCUCAUAUUAAAAUAUUCUUUUUUUCUAAGUGAGUGUUUGACUAGAAGAGAGGGAAUGAAGAUAAAAAAUCUAUGUUGACUUUUCAUAAACAUAAGGCCAAUUUUUAAUAGGACCCCAAAUGGUACCUAACUAUAUAAUUUUUUUUUAAUCUAUUUUCUUUCUGAGCAAUAUUAAAAAAAAUAAUUUGAUGUGAGGGGAGAAAAACAUCUUGGAAAAGAGGAUUCAUUAAAAGUUUAAGUGUCUGGCUAUGAAAACCAUUUUUCCUGUUUUUUGUUUUUUUUUUAACGUCCUGGCAAAAGAUGGGGUUUUUACUAAAUAGUCUGAUAAGUACACAUCUAAUUUAAUUUCUUUUUAUUUUCGGCCUUUAGGUUUGUUUUCAACACUCACUGAAUAUACAACUAAAGGAAAAAGUCAAACUAAAAUAAUUUGAAAUCAGAUUAACAUUUCAGUAUUAUUCUAUGGACAUUUCCUGUAGAUAAUAUAUUUCUUCUAGAAGUCAAGUGCAUGGAAACAUGAUUUUGAUUAAAAAAUAAAAUAAUCAUGCUUCCCUGUAUUGCAGUAUCAGUUAUUUAAUUGCACAAUAGUAUUUUGUAUAAAUUAAAAGUAGGUGAAAGAAAUAGAAGUAACUGGGUUCUAGAAUGGAGGUACAAUGCCUUAUGUGUGAGUAGUUGGCGCAGGGUGCCUUUUCAUUGAGUAGAGGAAAGGUUGAAACUUACAGCUACCUUUCUCUUAGUUUCUUUUAUUAUUCAUAUCUUGCUAGAUCUGCUACCCUAUCCCACCUUGCUUAGAGAUCUCAUAUUGAGGCAACAUAUAGACAAUCCCACGUCUUUCUUUCCCUUUGAAGUGUAAGCAUUGAAUGGGCUGAAGCCGGGCUCAUUGAGCUCACUGCAUGGGCAUGUACUUAAUACCUGAUCUCACGUAUAUGAUCACUGUUAGCCACAGACCUCUUCACAUAAAGCAGUUGAAAAUAACUGCUGUAGUAAAAAGUAAACAAGCUUUGGCCGGGUUGGCUUUUGACACUGGAGAAAGCCAAAUUUUGACUUUUUUUUAUGGCCCCAAACCCUUGUUGAUAGCUAUGGUGUUGCUAUGAUUUGGGAAUAUAUAAGCCUGCAGAGCCUGCACCCUGUACCCCCUUUGGGGUAGAUGAUAAAAAUGUACUGUAGGGCAAGUAUUUAACGUGACUUUUUAUUACCGAGUCUUUCAAGGGUGGAGCUUGUUAUGUUGAUUUACAGGAUGGAGAACAUUAAAGAGUCAAAAAAAAAAAAAGGGAAAAAAAGAUAGGGUACGUUUCAGCAUACAGCCUUAAAUUGAUAUGAAGUGAGGGAAAUAAAGGAGAAAUUGAUGCUUUCACUAAUGUGCGUCAAUAUUUAUCUGUCCUUUAUCUCAGUGUUGAGGUUAUUCCUGCCAGUAUUGUAAGCGUGUGGUUGACCCAUCCUGUCAAUAACAACGUUUUGGAAAGUAUUCAUGUAGAUCCUUUAUGCCAACAGAAAAGUUCCUUCUUGUGUCUUCUCGUUACCUCAGCCCUGCAUUUUCAUCCUUUCGAGAAUUGUAGCUGGUCUUGAAAAACCAAACGUGGAGUCAUCACACCUGAUGAACCCUAAUGGGGCAUCUGUUUGAACAGCUUUCCUGAACCCGGAGGUUCAUUUGAAAGUCCCUUUUCUGAUAGCUUCAAACCAGGAGAUGGCCUUCAAAUGGCUUAUUCUCAGUGAAAUUUCAUGUGAACUGUGACAUUGUAUAUGCGUGACUCAUACAACUUUGAUGUGUUUCCAAUAUAGGUUAAUCGUAUUUGUUACGAAAUCGCUUCUUUGUGCAAAUGCAAUUUUUAUACUAAAAAUACUGCUUAUUUAUAUUGCAAUACAUUAUAAAUUUAUUAUUUAUAUUC